AUGCCUCAGUCCUCCGACUGCCUUCAGGCUCCCCUCACCCCCGCCGAGCGGGCCAUCGUCAAGUCCUACGGUGGCUGGUCUCAGUUCCUGUUCAGCUAUGGCCUGAAGCCUUGGAACACCGAGGAAGCGGAAGAAGGGAAAAGGAUUUUGGAGUCACUCGCUUCGGGAUCUGAUUAA